AUGGACGGAGUCUUUUCAUUGGAGAGAACAGUGUCACUCUUUGUUAUUGUUGGAGGUCACAGAUGCACGCUGUGGAUGAGGACCGUUGUAUUGGGCAGAGUUGGCGGGGGGAUGGAUGGCACCAUCACCACCACUGAGGUGACAGUCAGGGAGGGCUUAGAGCUGUCCCCUUGGUCUCACUGUGACAGACAUGCCUGGGUGACAUCACUGCUUCCUUGUUCCCUACCCUGCUGAGUGCCAAUUAAACAGCCCCUCCCUCUACCAGUCUCCAGGGUCGUAUUCAUUAGGCACCAAACGGACUGAAACAGGGAGGGGCUACCUGGACUUGUCCAAUAACAAAGGCUUACUUCUGUUGUAAUUUGCAAAACAUUUUUCUAUGGUGUGCUAUAAUGAAUACGAACCAGGCCUUUGUGUCUCACAGAAAGGCAUCGGAGUAAAGUCUGUUGACAUAAAAAAACAGGAUGUUCUGUGGCCGAUGAUAAGGCAUGUUGUUUGCCAUUAUGUACGCCCACCAAUUAUCUCUCCAUGGCACUGGCUGUCAUGUAUCACAGUUUCCCACGUCCUGUCUGUCUGAAUCAUCCGCUCAUCAUGACUUCCAGUCACAUCUCUCUUUGUCUAAUCUAGGGAUUGAUGGAGACACUUACAAUUGCCGCUCUCGGCUGGGUUAUGAAGAACCCUUGUGUGUGUGAGUACACAUCUGAAAGAGGUCAACUGUAUGCCAUUGAUUCAUCACAGUAUUUGAGUAUCUGAGUCCGCUCUCACACGUCACUAUCAGACCAUCUCAUUCCCAACCGCGAUGAGAUUGAACGGCCUCUCUGAUUGGUGGGCGGUGAUGGUGUCGCUUGUCGUCCGUCUCCAAUUUCAAGGAGAACGUCGCCCGUAGCGCCCGUUUCCUCUAACCUUGAUUCCAUUAACACUUCCCCGAAUCUCCAACAAAGAGAAGGCAAUUUCCUCUGAUUGCCUCUCCCUCUCUCUGUGUCCUUGAUAACUGGAGUGAAAUGGAGCUUCAAUAGAGCCUCAAUGGCCUUGUGGGGAAGUGAGUUCUCCAGCUUGGCACCAAUGGAACAUUGACUUUGAGUUUACAGUAAAACCAAUGGAGUCUGUAAUAGUGUUCAGAGUUAAAUGAAGUUGUGAUGUGAUUUUUGACCCGCUGACUGAUACACCAGGAUAUCCAGCAAGCCGGUACCAUACUAGUCUCUUUGUGAUUAGAUGAUGUUGGCCAUGGUCGAAAGCAGUCAUCUUGCCUGAGGGUUUAUCUCUGUAAAUGUCAAGAGGGAUGCACAUUGGCAAUAAAGUCGACAGCAACCAAUAAACAUAUUUUCGAACAAUCAAAGAGGCUAGUGUUGGGUGCCAUAUGGAGUCACAUGUUGGACUGCAAAUGGACACAGGCACGUUUGACACCCUUGUUCUAAACAUGGGUGUUACAAGGGUGUUAGAAUACCUAUUAUUUGCUUCAGGAUAAUUUUUUAAGUAAUAGUUUAGAUGUCUGUUUUAUCUCCUCUUAGCAAUGCAGACAGUUUUUUCCUGGCGCACAGUCAAACUGCAGCUUUCCCUUUCUUGUUAACUGCUGAUAUCACAUUGGACUAUCCAGCAGCGGAGUAUGAGGAAGUAAGCACAGUGUUGUGCCGUUUUUGGAGUUAUUGGAGCCAAUCAGAACAGACUAUAUCAACUUUUGCUUCUGUUACCGAGGGUAAGAAGCAAUCUGUUUCUGUUCCUAUGAGAUAAUAUUUUUCAUAACGACCAAAGCUACUAUACAUUGUGGGGAUCGCUAAUUCACACUCGUCACAAGACAUUGACACCUGCAUCUCUCCAAACUCUUCUUUGGCUAAAUUUCUUGACCUCAAGUCCCCUUUGUUACACCAGUGCUUAGCUUGCCAUUACAACUUGGUGUAGUGCAGAAUGAAGAAGGGCCUUGUCAUUGUCAGAGACGGUCCCCGGGCAGUGUCUGUUUGUUCCCCUAGUGUAAGAGGUGGAUGGUUGACUGACAUCUUAUUAUGGGAACAUGUUUCCUUCUGACAGGCCUCUUAUUCAACAGAGAGGAUGAUAAGAGAAAAUGUCUGCCUGACCCAAGUAAUACACCUUCAUACUUCCGUCUCAACUUAUCUUAAAUGGGUUUGAGAUAUAAGUUGCCUACAGUAGGCCCAGAUCUAGGACCAGUUUUUCUAACCUCCAUUCUAACCCUAAUCAUUUCAGAGGGGAAUAAGCAAAACAUCACCCAAGAUUAGUACUCAGGGAAAGCCUUGAUCUUAGGGAUAUCAUCUAUCUCCUCUUUAGAUAGCAUGAAGAUACAGAGGAUCAAAAUUGAACAUUAACAGUUAAUGAGUCAUGAAAACCAUCAUCGAAACCCAUCAUCGAAACCCAUCAUUGAAACCCAUCAUUGAAACCCAUCAUUGAAACCCAUCAUUGAAACCCAUCAUCGAAACCCAUCAUUGAAACCCAUCAUUGAAACCCAUCCCCCCAUUUAAAUCUGUAUCACUCUGUUUCUUUUAGUUUCUCUGUACGUUUCACACACUCCGACUCCAGGCCCAAAUUAUGAAGCAGAUGUUUUCCUUGUGGGUGUGCAUGUCUGUGUGAGAGUAUUUGAGGUGCAUCUCUGUCUUUAUUUUACAAAUAGAGCAAUCUCUGGACUACUAAACCAGAUGUGUAAUCCAGGUGCGGAACUUGUUUUAGAAGUGUGGGGGACACAACCUGGCCGUCCUUUUGCCGUAUUCUUUGCAUUCGUACAGCCAUUCACCCAGCCUCCCUGCACACUCCAAUGUGUCCAUGUGGUCCUAAAUACAGCCCUCUAAAACUGCUAAACAGCCUCCAGAGGCGUCCGUAUGGUCCUAAAGCACGCCGGCGCUGCUUUUUGUAUCACAGUGAAAUUAUAAAACUCAAACAAAAACUAAACUACAGAAUGUCUGGGCAUCCCGUCCCUAAUUCCACCCAUGGUUUAAUCUCUGCUUGUCUAUGUGUUUCAAUAUGUGUGAAAUACAUCCAGUCAUCUUAUUCAGUCACGGAGGCACUUUGUGACUUAUAACCUAUAAUUUACGUUCUCCGAAUGUUAUAAAAUCUCCCAGGAAAACCUUCAGGGAACCAUAAUAAAAUGUUCUCAGAACCUCCCUGCAACCUAAAUAUGAAUGUUCCCAGAACAGGCAAAAUGUUCACUUCCGUUCUCUGAACGUUUAACCCUUUGACGCGUAUGAUCACGUAUUUGUGAUCAUUGUUGAGUGGUCCCUGCAGCGUACGAUCUCAAAUAUGUAAUUGGAACAGUAGCAACAGAACGUAAGACGCAACAAGCGCGUCUAAACAGCAUUGUUGUCUGAACAGCAUCUAAAUAUUUUUUUGUACUGAUUGAAAAUACAGGUCUUAAACUUUAUUCCUCAAUUUGACCUUUUAUUGUAAAAGAUAAAUGCGAACUUCAUCACAUGGAACACAUCCACAGCCAAACUCAUUCCAUAAACCAGUCUAAAUUACAGGUUGUGCUGACAAAAAACAAAACAUAAAUUAGUGACCUAACAGCUAGAAUAGUUUACAAUGUACCACAUCUCUGGUGAGCUUAAGAGGCUAAUGUAAUGUUGUUUGGAAAAUAAAUGUGUGUCAGCUAAGCUAACAACAGCUAAAUUCUUUAUGAUGGCAGCCAUGUUUGUUUAUGUUUGACUUGGUGAAAACUCACAAUCCCAGAAUGCCAUUCACUAUAAGACGCAAAUAAACAAAGUCAAAGAUGGCUGCGCUCAUUGCCUGAAAAAUAUGAACUUAGUUUAUCCACUUUUCAGCAUAUUACAAAUCGUCAAUGUACUUGUUACAGUGUAUACAAGAACCGGAGCACAUCACUUGACAAGUCGUUUACCGUUUUUGACAAAUCACAAAGCAAAUCAAAUGUUUUCACCUCACAGAUCAUCACACCAAAUAUAAGCCUACUGCCUAGCCUAACCAUAGCGCGAAAGCUAAACAGGGAUGAAACCAUUUUGGGGGGGUUUAUGGGGGGGUUCAUUUAAUUUGUGUGGGGUUUUCAAGUCCAUGGUGGUAGAAAUGGGGAAAGGUAUCAUGGGGGGAUAUGAUGCAGGAAAUAUUACUAUGAUGGGGGAUUUAUCAAUAAAUGGGGGGCAAACAUAAGAGAAGUUUAUAUGCUAAAUGGAAAUAAAACCCCUGGAAAGGGGGGUCUGAGCUAGCAACCCUGAGAUACCAAAGUUACCAUCUGAUGCCGUGUUCAAAACAACUGGGAACUGGGAAAUCUCUGACUUCCGACUUCAGUGCGUUCAAGACAAGUGGGAACUCGGGAAAAAACGAGGUCCAACAGGUAAAAAUAGUUUAGAACGGUCAUCCAACUUGGAAUUCCAUCUCGGGAACAGGCCUCUUUCUAGAGCUCCGACUUUCCAACAUGAAGAUCAUUGACGUCAUGAUUUUACCGAGUUCACAGUUGUCUUGAAAGCACCAUAAGUCAGUCGAUGGAACUCUACCUUGUUAUAAAAUGUUUGGUCUGACAGACGCUUACGUGACAACCAGAAUGCAUUGUAUGAUGUCAACAAACAUGGCGCCAACAUACAGUGGGGAAAAAAAGUAUUUAGUCAGCCACCAUUUGUGCAAGUUCUCCCACUUAAAAAGAUGAGAGAGGCCUGUAAUUUUCAUCAUAGGUACACGUCAACUAUGACAGACAAAUUGAGAGAAAAAAAAUCCAGAGAAUCACAUUGUAGGAUUUGUAAUGAAUUUAUUUGCAAAUUAUGGUGGAAAAUAAGUAUUUGGUCACCUACAAACAAGCAAGAUUUCUGGCUCUCACAGACCUGUAACUUCUUCUUUAAGAGGCUCCUCUGUCCUCCACUCGUUAGCUGUAUUAAUGGCACCUGUUUGAACUUGUUAUCAGUAUAAAAGACACCUGUCCACAACCUCAAACAGUCACACUCCAAACUCCACUAUGGCCAAGACCAAAGAGCUGUCAAAGGUUUCCUACCCACAGGAAAAAAAAAAAAAAGAAAAAAAAAAAGGUAUCCAUUCACUAACUGUAAGUCGCUCUGGAUAAGAGCGUCUGCUAAAUGACUAAAAAACAAAACAAAAACAAAAAACGGACACCAGAAACAAAAUUGUAGACCUGCACCAGGCUGGGAAGACUGAAUCUGCAAUAGGUAAGCAGCUUGGUUUGAAGAAAUCAACUGUGGGAGCAAUUAUUAGGAAAUGGAAGACAUACAAGACCACUGAUAAUCUCCCUCGAUCUGGGGCUCCACGCAAGAUCUCACCCCGUGGGGUCAAAAUGAUCACAAGAACGGUGAGCAAAAAUCCCAGAACCACACGGGGGGACCUAGUGAAUGACCUGCAGAGAGCUGGGACCAAAGUAACAAAGCCUACCAUCAGUAACACACUACGCCGCCAGGGACUCAAAUCCUGCAGUGCCAGACGUGUCCCCCUGCUUAAGCCAGUACAUGUCCAGGCCCGUCUGAAGUUUGAUAGAGUGCAUUUGGAUGAUCCAGAAGAGGAUUGGGAGAAUGUCAUAUGGUCAGAUGAAAGCAAAAUAGAACUUUUUGGUAAAAACUCAACUCGUCGUGUUUGGAGGACAAAGAAUGCUGAGUUGCAUCCAAAGAACACCAUACCUACUGUGAAGCAUGGGGGUGGAAACAUCAUGCUUUGGGGCUGUUUUUCUGCAAAGGGACCAGGACGACUGAUCCGUGUAAAGGAAAGAAUGAAUGGGGCCAUGAGAUUUUGAGUGAAAACCUCCUUCCAUCAGCAAGGGCAUUGAAGAUGAAACGUGGCUGGGUCUUUCAGCAUGACAAUGAUCCCAAACACAACGCCCAGGCAACGAAGGAGUGGCUUCGUAAGAAGCAUUUCAAGGUCCUGGAGUGGCCUAGCCAGUCUCCAGAUCUCAACCCCAUAGAAAAUCUUUGGAGGGAGUUGAAAGUCUGUGUUGCCCAGCGACAGCCCCAAAACGUCAAUGCUCUAGAGGAGAUCUGCAUGGAGGAAUGGGCCAAAAUACCAGCAACAGUGUGUGAAAACCUUGUGAAGACUUACAGAAAACGUUUGACCUGUGUCAUUGCCAACAAAGGGUAUAUAACAAAUUAUUGAGAAACUUUUGUUAUUGACCAAAUACUUAUUUUCCACCAUAAUUUGCAAAUAAAUUCAUAAAAAAUCCUACAAUGUGAUUUUCUGGAUUUUUUUUCCUCAAUUUGUCUGUCAUAGUUGACGUGUACCUAUGAUGAAAAUUACAGGCCUCUCUCAUCUUUUUAAGUGGGAGAACUUGCACAAUUGGUGGCUGACUAAAUACUUUUUUUCCCCACUGUACAUAUGGUGUGCUACAGCAGAAACGACAACACGAUAUACAGAAAAUAAGCCACAUACUUUGAUAGGAACGCACACAUGUCCAAAGUCCAAUUUGUAAGGAAAAUGCGGACUCCAGCCAGAAAAUGUGCUGGGGGAAAACGUUUGUGCAAGGCCUGUGCUGACUAGAGAUGUGCAAUGUCUUCAUACUUGAUCUGUGGAAACACUGUGGAAGUGCUUGGGCUCUUGUUGAAGAGAGAAGUUUGUCCGCUCAGUAAAGCCUCAAACAUAAAUUGUCCGCAACAGUGAAAUGGGUUACUUCUUAUGUGAAUUAACGAGGAGGCGGAACAUACCUCAAUUCAAACUGUUGUUAGAAAAUACAACUUUGAAAUUGACAAGUUGAAACAUAGCCUAUAGAUAAUUAACAGGCAACAUGCCUUGGUUUUAGGGCAGCACGGGGUAACUGUCCUGUUGCAUAACAAUCACAUUUAAGAACAUUCUAAACAUGGAAUGUUGAGAAAUACACAAAAGUAAGCAAAGAAUCCUCUGUCUGAUUCCUACCAUUGAUGAUGAUAUUUGAUAGCCUUGCAGGAAAGUACUGAUGUCCCUGUGCCAUCUAUGGUCUGGACUCAUUUAACAAAAAUGUAUCAUCUUGGAUAGCAGAAGCAAGUCUAGUCUAGUCUAGUCUUGGGGUUGUUGCCACCAAAACUUAGUUACUAAUCAACAUUGGUGCCUAACAUCCAAACAUUAUAACACUCUAAAUUCUACUAAAGUUGCUCUUUUAGAUUGUGAUAUCAUCCUAUUCAAAUGUUAUUGUAUUCUUAUCAAUAGAAUCACCAUGGUAAUGAAAUAGAAUGGAUUUCAAAUCCACAAGUCGCUCUAAUCAACCAAACGUUCUAAAUUCAAACAUUAUGGGUGUGUUCGUAAAUUCAAAUGUAAAAACAAUGUAAUUACGCUUUUUUUGCCAACGCUUACAAACACCGGCCAUAUUCAACAGGUGUUGAGCGUUUGUAAAUUAAUCAGUUAUUCUGCACUCUUGCACACUGAGACGAGAGUGCUCUGAAAUCGGAGUAGAUGGCCAGAGUGAAUUUAUGUGCAUCAUGUGAAGUCAGUUUUACAUUGACUUCUCACUAACACUGGCAGAGUUGCAACAAUAACCCAGAUAUGUUGGGCCCCGUGUAGCUCAGUUGGUAGAGCAUAGCGCUUGCAACGCCAGGGUUGUGGGUUCAAUUCCCACGGGGGGCCAGUAUUAAAAAAUAGUAUAAAAAAGUAUAAAAAAGGAAAAAGGAAAGAAAAAUAUAAAUGAAAUGAAAAAAUUUGAAGAAAAUGUUUUUUAAAAAGGUAUGCUCUCACUAACUGUAAGUCGCUCUGGAUAAGAGUGUCUGCUAAAUGACUAAAAUGUAAAUGUAAUGUUGUUAUAUGCAAUUGGCCACUCAUUGUAUUUUUGCUUAAUUGUAGAAAUAUGAACAACUAUACCAGUAACCCCCCCCCCCCCCCCCCCCCCCCCACACCCCACACACACACACACACACUCUCCCCUCCUGCGUGGACCCAGGAACUCCUCUAGCAUUGUAUCUUCAGACAGUGAGAUGGCUCUAUCGGUCUUGCAUGGCCGCCCCCUACCACAAAGCAUGACAAAUGAGGACGGCCUCUCUCUCAUUACCUGUACGGUAAUCACUGUGUAGCUGAUAAGAGAACAGCUGUUAUUGACACCAUUUAUGUAACGCCAGCCACUCUACACACAAGUACUUCCAUCCUGUGCAAAGGAAUGGCCUGCAGAGAAGGCCAAUUCUGCCAUUUUGUGUGUUUAUUUUACGCUGAGCUCAACUUUUUUUGUACAUAAUAUUUCCGCCAUAAUUUCCUAUGACCAAAAACAGCUUCUGGACAUCAGAACAGUGAUCACUAACCUAGAUUUGAAUGAAAAUGUCUACUUUAACAAGUCGACAGCUGUGGAUGUACUGCUCAUCCCGGACCAGGCCCUAAUCCCCGGGACUCAAAAGAGGAAGAGCAAGAGAGGCAAACGAGCGGUCUCCCUGAUGAGACUACGUCGAUGACUAAAUAGACCACUUCUACCCUCCGUUCUAUUGGCAAAAUUACAAUCACUAGAGAACAAACUGGACGAGCUCAGUUCGAAACUAUCCUAUCAACGGGACCUGAAUAACUGUAAUAUCCUAUGUUUCUCUGUGUCUUGGCUGAACAAGGAUAUGGAUAAUAUACAUUCUAGCUCUAGGUUUUUCUAUGCAACGUCAAGACCGAACAGCAGCUUCGGGUAAGGUUAAGGCUGGUGCGGGAAAUAUCAUUAUACUUGGGUAAACUAUUUAUUUUUAGAGUAAUAUCAGUAGAAACGUUCAGGACCCUCGUAGGACCUUCGUAAGGCAUCAUAGUAAAAUUGAGGGAUGUAUUGCAAAAGGAAAUACAGAAAUGGCAUGAUAAUGGGAAAGAUGGGUUAACCUGUGGACAUCGGAGGGGUUGGAGUUAAGAUCAGAAUUAAUGGUGGAUUGGCCGCUGUGGGUGAAAAUCCAGCACUUGAAGAAAGAGGAAAUUAGGAAUCAAUGUAGAAUUAUUUAACUACAGGUACCAUAGAUGUGAAUGAAAUAGCUGUAAGUAGCAGUAGAAGUAUUGUUGUCCAUUAGUUUAUUCCAAUGUGGGUAGGGAUGGUAGGGUAAGGGGGUAAAACGUAUAGAGAAUAAAACAUUUUUUAAAUGAGGGGGAUUAGAAAAUGAUGCAUUCAAUUUAAUUGAUACAACCUACAAUCUAUCUGCAAUAUUAAAGCUGAUCUACCUUAUGAUAAACUGCAGACCAUACUAUUUACCAAGAGAGUUUUCAUUAAUUUUUUUCGUAGCUGUCUAUUUACCAGCACAAACCAAUGCUGGCAGUAACACUGCACUCAACGAGCUGUAUAGGGCCAUAAGCAAAAAAGAAAAUGCACAUCCAGAGGCAGCGCUCUUAGUGGCCAGUGAUUUUAAUGCAGCGAAACUGUUUUACCUCAUUUUUACCAGCAUGUCACCUGUGCAAGUAAAGGCGAAAUAACUGUAGAUAACCUUUAUUCCACACACAGAAAUGCAUACAAAGCUCUCCCUCGCUGUCCAUUUGGCAAAUUUGACCAUAACUCUAUCCUCCUGAUUCCUGCUUACAAGCAAAAACUCAAACAGGAAGUACCAGUGAUGCGCUCAAUAUGAAAGUGGUCCGAUGAAGCGGAUACUAAGCUACAGGACUAUUUCACUAGCACAGACUGUAAUAUGUACCGGGAUCAACCAAUAAAAUUGAGGAGUUUACCAGUCACCAGCUUCAUUAAUAAGUGCAUUGACGACUUCGUCCUCACAGUAUCGGCCCCACAUAUCCCAACCAGAAUCCAUGGAUUACAGGCAACAUCUGCACCGAGCUAAAGGCUAGAGCUGCCACUUUAAAGGAGUGGGACACUAAUCCGGACACUUAUAAGAAAUCCCGCUACGACCUCCGACAAGCCAUCAAACAAUCAAAACGUCAAUACAGGACUAAGAUCGAAUCCUACUAUAACGGCUCUGAUGCUCGUCGGUUGUGGCAGGGCUUGCAAAUGAUCACGGAUUACAAAGGGAAAACCAGCCGCGAGCUGUCCAGUGACGCGAACCUACCAGACAAGAUAAAUUCCUUCUAUGCACGCUUCGAGGCAAGCAAUGCUGAACAAUGCAUGAGAGCACCAGCUGUUCCGGACGACUGUGUGAUCUCGCGCUCCAUAGCUGCUCUGAGUAAGACCUUCAAACAGGUUAUCAAGUCCACGGGGCCAGAUGGAUUACCAGGACGCAUACUCAGAGUAUGCGCUGACCAGCUGGCAAGUGUCUUCACUGACAUUUUCAUCCUUUUCCUGACCCAGUCUGUAAUACCUACAUGUUUCAAGCAAACCACCAUAGUCCCUGUGCCCAAUAACGCUAAGGUAACCUGUCUAAAUGACUGUCGCCACGUAGCACUCACAUCUGUAGCAAUGAAAUGCUUUGAAAGGCUGGUCAUGGCUCACAUCAACACCAUCAUCCCAGACACCCUGGACCCACUCCAAUUCGCAUACCGCCCCAACAGAUCCACAGAUGAUGCAAUCUCUAUUGUACUCCACACUGCCCUUUCCCACCUGGACAAAAAGGAACACCUACGUGAGAAUGCUGUUCAUUGACUAUAGCUCAGCAUUCAACACGAUAAUGCCCUCCAAGCUCAUCACUAAGCUCAGGACAAUGGGACUGAACACCUUCCUCUGCAACUGGAUCCUGGACUUCCUGACAAGCAACCCCCAGGUAGCCUCACUAGGCAACAACACAUCCGCCAUGCUGACCCUCAACACGGGGGCCCCUCAGGGGUGCGUGCUUAGUCCCCUCUUGUGGUCCUCUGUAGCUCAAUUGGUAGAGCAUGGCGCUUGUAACGCCAGGUUAGUGGGUUCGAUCCCCGGGACCACCCAUACGUAAAAAUGUAUGCACACAUGACUGUAAGUCGCUUUGGAUAAAACCGUCUGCUAAAUGGCAUAUUAUUAUUAUUAUUACUCCCUGUUCACCCACUACUGUGUGGCCGCACACGACUCCAACACAUCAUUAAGUUUGCUGAUGACACGAUGGUGAUUGGCCUGAUCACCGAUGAUGAUGAGACAGCCUAUAGGGAGGAGGUCAGUGACCUGGCAGUGUGAUGCCAGGACAACAACCUCUCCCUCAACGUCAGCAAGACAAAGGAGCUGUUCGUGGACUACAGGAAACAGAGGGCCAAGCACAUCCCCUUCCAAAUCAACAGGGCUGUAGUGGAGCAGGUUGAGAGCUUCAAGUUCCUUGGUGUCCACAUCACUAAGGAAUUAUCAUGGUCCACACACAUCAACACAGUCGUGAAGAAGGCAUAACAAUGCCUCUUCCCCCUCAGGAGGCUGAAAAUAUUUGUUUUGGGCUCUCUGAUCCUCAAAAGGUUAUACAGCUGCUCCAUUAUGAGCAACUUGACUGGCUGCAUCACCACUUGGCAUGGUAACUGCUUGGCAUCCGACCACAAGGCGCUACAGAGGGUAGUGCGUACUGCCCAGUACAUCACUGGGGCCGAGCUCCCUGCCAUCCAGGACCUCUAUACCAGGGAUUGUCAGAGGAAGGCCUUAUCCUGUUGCCUAGUCACUUCAUCCCUACCUAUAUGUACAUACACUGACUAUACAAAACAUUACAGUUCUUUCCAUGACAUAGACUGACAAGGUGAAUCCAAGUGAAAGCUAUGAUCCCUAUUUGAUUGUUAAAUCCACUUCAAUCAGUGUAGAUUAAGGGGAGAAGACAGGUUGAAGAAGGAUUUUUAAGCCUUAAGACAAUUGAGACAUGGAUUAUGUGUCACACCCUGACCUUAGAGAUCCCUUUUAUUUCUCUAUUUUGGUUAGGUCAGGGUGUGAUUUGGGUGGGCAUUCUAGUUUUUCAAUUUCUUUGUUGGCCGGGUAUGGUUCCCAAUCACACAUCGUUGUCUCUGAUUGGGGAUCAUACUUAGGCAGCCGUUUUCCCACCUUAGUUUGUGGGAUCUUGGUUUUGUGUAGUGGCUUUGUAGCCUGCAGUACUUUACGUUCGUGUGUAUUAUUGUUGUUUGGUCUGUGUUCAUUUAUUGAAUUAAAAUGUUUGCCUACCACGCUGCACCUUGGUCCGAGCCGUCAAUCCACGAGCGUGACAGAAGAUCCCACCACAAACGGACCAAGCAGCGUGGCCAGGAGGAACAGACACCCUGAACACAGGUGGGGAAGACAUUCUGGACCUGGAAGGAGAUAUUGGCCGGAAAGGGACCCUGGGAGAAGGAGGAGACCCAGGCAGGAAGGGAUCGCCUUCCAUGGGAGCAGACGAAGGCAGCGAGGGAGGAUCAACGGCGACUCCGUAGUUAACGACCACGACGGAAGCCCGAGAGGCAGCCCCAAAUAUUUUUUUGGGGGGGCACACGGGGUGGUUGGCGGAGCCAGGUUUCAGACCAGAGCCAACUCCCCGCACUCACUUUAAGGAGCGUGUGACCGUUCAGGCACCCUGUUAUGCGGUGACACGCACUCUGUCUCCAGUGCGCAUUCACAGCCCGGUGCGCUUGGUGCCAGCACCCGCACUUGCCGGGCUAAAGUGAGCAUCCAGCCAGGACGGGUUGUGCCGGCUCAGCGCUCCUGGUCUCCAGUACGCCUUCUCGGUCCAGUAUAUCCUGCGCCGGCUCUACGCACUGUGUCGCCAGUGCGCCUUCACAGCCCAGUGCGUCCUGUGCCCGCGCCCCGCACUUGCCGGGCUAAAGGGAGCAUCCAGCCAGGACGGGUUGUGCCAGCUCUACGUACUGUGUCGCCAGUGCGCCUUCACAGCCCAGUGCAUCCUGUGCCAGCGCCCCGCACUUGCCGGGCUCCAGUGAUGAUCCAUGGCCCGAAGGCCCCAGUGAAGGUCCAUGGCCCAAAGCCUCCAGUGAAGGUCCAUGGCAUGAAGCCUCCAGUGAUGAUCCAUGGCACGAAGCCUCCAGUGAUGAUCCAUGGCACGAAGCCUCCAGUGAUGAUCCAUGGCACGAAGCCUCCAGUGAUGAUCCAUAGCACGAAGCCUCCAGUGAUGAUACAUGGCACGAAGCCUCCAGUGAAGGUCCAUGGCCCGGAGCUUCCUGCGACGGUCUGCAGUCCAGAGCCUCCAGCGACGUUCUGCAGUCCAGAGUCUCCAGCGCCGGUCGGCAGUCCAGAGUCUCCUGCAACGGUCGGCAGUCCAGAGUCUCCAGCGACGGUCGGCAGUCCAGAGUCUCCAGCGACGGUCGGCGGUCCGGCUCCUCCGGUGAUGACCCACGGUCCGGAGCUUCCGGCGACGGUCCGGAGUCUCCGGCGACGACCCACGGUCCGGUUCCUCCGGCGACGAUCCACAGUCCGGAGCUACCGGCGACGAUCGACGGUCCGAAGUCUCUGGCGACGAUCCACGGUCCGGAGCUACCGGCGACGAUCCACGGUCCGGAGUGUCCGGUGACGACCCACGGUCCGGUUCCUCUGGUGACGAUCCACGGUCCGGAGCUUCCGGCAACGAUCUACGGUUCGGAGUGCCAGGCGACGAUCCACAGUCCGGGUCCUCCGGCGACGAUCCACGGUCCGGAGCUUCCGGCGACGAUCUACGGUCCGGAGCUUCCGGCGACGAUCUACGGUUCAGAGUGCCAGGUGACGAUCUACAGUCCUGGUCUUCCGGCGACGAUCCACGGUCCGGAGCUUCCGGCGACGAUCUACGGUUUGGAGUGCCAGGCGACGAUCCACAGUCCGGGUCCUCCGGCAACGAUCCACGGUCCGGAGCUUCCGGCGACGAUCUACGGUUCGGAGUGCCAGGCGACGAUCCACAGUCCGGGUCCUCUGGCGACGAUCCACGGUCUGGAGCUUCCGGCGACGAUCCCCGCACCAGAGGUGCCACCGAAGAUGGCGGAGUGGGGUCUACAUCCCGCACCGGAGCCGCCACCGAGGCUAGAUGCCCACCCGGGGGGGGGGUGCUUUUGGUAUACUCAGUGUAUUAUCUACCUCAAUUACCUCGUACCCCUGGGCGGCAGGUAGCUUAGAGGGUAAGAGCGUUGUGCCAGUAACCGAAAGGUUGCUGGUUCUAAUCUCCGAGCCGACUAGGUGAAAAAUCUGUCGAUGUGCCCUUAAGCAAGGCACUUAACCCUAAUUGCUCCUGUAAGUCGCUCUGGAUAAGAGCGUCUGCUAAAUGACAAAAAAUAAAUAAAUAAUCAACUCGGUACUGGUACCCCAUGUAUGUAGCCAAGUUAUUGUUACUCAUUAUGUAUUUAUUCUUCGUGUUAUUAUUUUUAUAUUAUUUCUCUCUGCAUUGUUGGGAAGGGCAUUUCACUGUUAGUCUACACCCGUUGUUUAUGAGGCAUAUGACAUAAAAUUUGAUUUGAUUUUAAUGUAAUUGGUCAAACCCAAUGAUCCUUGAACUAUUGACCUCUUGCAUGUUUCGAUUGCACUCUUGUGCUAUAG